CGGGCAAAUAUCUUUGGAUCUUUCUUGGUGUGGAUGAGAACAGCGGCGGCGACCAGUCUGAAAGCUGGAGAGUCUGGACCCCAUUUGUAAUAGUUUGCUGUUGUCUCUGUCCACCAUGGCGUCUCUUCCUCCCCAUCUCAUCUUCAAACCCGUGGCUGGGUUGGCCAAGAAGGCUCCAGCUGUGAUUUGCGUCCAGGAAUGGUGGGGUAUCAACGCGGCCAUCAAGGGGAUAGCGCAAAAGAUCGCCGAUAAGACGGGAGCCGAAGUCUAUUUACCGGAUCUCUACAAGGGAAAGGUUGGUGUCAACCAAGAAGAAGCCAGUCAUCUCAUGAACAAUCUGGACUUUAAGAACGCCGUCAAUGAGAUGGAACUCCUCUGUAAAGAUAUCAUUCGAAAGGAAGAUGCCGACCGAAAAGUUGGUGUCUGUGGAUUUUGUAUGGGCGGUGCCUUAACCCUGGCAACAGCUGCUUUGAUUGAGAAACCUUUGGAUGCUUGUGCUCCCUUUUAUGGAAUCCCUCCAGCCGAAUUGUGCGAUGUCGCUGUGCUGAAAAAGAAAACACCCGUUCAAGGACAUUUUGGAGACAAGGACGGCAUGGCUGGGUUCAGUGACAAGGCAUCCGCAGACAAGCUGGAAGAAACCCUCAAGAAUGCCGAGGGCGACAAGGAAGCGACCAUUUUUCAUUACCCCACCGAAGGACAUGCCUUCAUGAACGAUGAUGAAUUCUCAAAAGAACAGAGAAAGCUUCUGAAAUUUGAUGGAGAUUACACUGAUGAAGCUCGAGAGCUUGCUUGGGGCCGCCUCACCGAGUUCUUAAAGAAGAAUCUCUUCUAAGAGAUUGUGAAGCCCAAAGCACCCACCAAUCUACACCAGAGUUCGUCAAACUCUAAGCGCGCAACAAUCUAAGUAAGAGGCUCCGCGCAACGAAAUUGUCGACACCAGCAGGCCAAGUACUUUUUCUCCCACGACGAAUUAUCCUUUUAGUCAAGCAACAUUUUUUACUUAGCUUACAUCUUUUUAGCUU